AUCCGAGUCACGGCACCAAAUUGUGAUAAAUUGAGGCGAAUAAUUUGAUUCAGCCUUUUUAAGGUCAAUUAGAAUUUUAUUAAUUACAGCAAGCAGUAGCAAGCAAAACAGCGCUGGGUGGGUAGGGGUCUCCUAACCGCCCCUCCUGCAGUGUCCCACACUGCAGUGCUCCACACCCCACCCCCCUUAUUCAGUCUCUUUUGUAGUUUCUUGGAGGUUUCUUCAUUCGCGUCUCUUGCGAUAGCGGUGGGCGUAGCUUGAGCAUCCCUCUGCAUCGUGUCUGCGUUAUGUCAAGGCAGGUGAUCGUUGGUUUCACAAUCGGUUCCGGACAGUGAUGGGCAUACCCGGAGCACUCCUACGUUGUCUAGUCCGGUGGCCGUUGCCUGGUGGUCGCUGAUUUCAUAAUCAUCUCCGGCCAUCCCCCAACAUCCUUAGCCUGUGUCUGCAAGAGAAGCUAAGAAAAGCUCCCUAAAUGGUGAUUAAUCAUACUUGUGGUCUUGCGUUUUGCAAUAUGUCUAUAGCCUUGCAAUAUGCCUAUAGCCUUGCGGUUUGUAGCAGUUGCUUCUUUAUUGUCCUUUUUUUAGUAAAACCCACAAGUUGCUGUUUCCCAACUUCACAGAUGCUUCCCCUAUCUCCUAACAAGCAAGCUAGUCCCUCAUACUUUAAUUUUAUUUUUCCUCCUUUAAUAUUCCAAUUCCUUUGAUGAACAAACAAGUUACCACAGUUUAUCACAUCCCGAUUGUACCCUCGAAUGCUAAACCCUCCUACCCCUACGCAGUAAAAGAAUCCUCACCCCGCCCUUCGGGGCUCUCGGAAUCUGCCUCCCUUCUGCUUCGUUGUCUCCCUGUUUGCCCCUUCUGCGACCCUUCAAUAAACGAGCAGGAUUUCAGCAGCCCGAGUGUCCCUCCCGUUCUUCUGGUGGACCCUCAGAUGUACCAGCUAUCCGAGCUUCGUGCCGAGUGCCUAAAAGCCCCCACGGCUCGGCAACUGGCUGCCCGAACAGGGACGGACACCAGCGGGUCCAGUCCUUGACCGUCUCCUGGAGAUUGCCUGCUCUGUGACCAGCCUUCUCCAGGAUUGCAAGUGGCGUUCGGGACCAGUUUCCUGGGACAGUCGGCCUUUCAGUUCGGAAGGCUUCUGUCUCCUGGGUUCUGCUGAUAACCGACGGACCUUCGAGCUGCGCGGCAGCAGCAACGCCCUCGGACCAGCAGAAGUUCCACCAGACCCCUCUUCGAUGUCCCCGUUUUAUGCCUGUGUCCUUCAGAGUCCCCCAUGAUUUAAGGUAUAUUGCUAAGGCACUGUUUUCUCCCACCGAAUGCGACCUCUGGGAGAUUCAUUGGAAAAAACUGUUGAAACCACUCCUGCGCAAGUAUGAUCUCGCAGAGGAGGUGGGAGAGGGGGAUGAGGCAAUGGAAGCCCUUGCUGGAGAAGGGGAGUUCAGCAGUCCGGAGGACCAAAUUCUACUAGCACAGGAGCUGCUUCAGGACAUAGCAGCAGCGGGAAAGGAGGCACUCCUGAAGAUACCGGAUGCGACAAGGGUACCAGCCAGCGGGAAACUGGCGGCGAAGUGCGAGGAAGGGCUGCGCGACGACACCAAGUGGCCCUUCUCAGCAUCCCAGCCUCCCGACCAUCAGGGAGGACGAGUGGCCGCGCGGCCAAGUCCAGCAGUUCAGCGCAGCCACGAGGACGGACUCCGCCUCUUCCGCCGGACAGGUACCCUAAAUCAGGGCAAUCAUCAGGUCCUCCGCAGCAGCGUCACCAUCUCUCUCCAGGAUGAGGACCUGACGAGAAUUCCUGCUGGGUUCCUGGGCCCCCUCCACGACUGUCGGGACACCACCGUGCUCAUCUUAGAAGACUCCUUCAACACGCCGAAUGAAAUCACCAUCUUACCUGAGGUAGUGUGUUUUCCACCAGGAGAGGAGAUCACCGUCUCCGUCAUUUGUAACCACCCACCAUUUACUUUAAGGAAAGGCGAUCCUUUUGCUUUGCUUUACGUACUGGACACCCACGAUGACCCGGACACAGAGAGACAUGUUUUCUUCACCCAAAAUGUAUGUAAAGAAAGACCAUUAAUUGAUGCCAAACUUUCUUUCCAGGGAAAGUCGGUGCAGAUGCGGCUCAUGGCAGACACAGGAGCUGACGUGACCAUCAUCCCCCAGACUUUUGUAGCGCAGAUUUUAUCACCUGUGCGUCGGCUUUUCCCUGAGGCCAUCAUCCUGCAUGACAUGGAUGAUGUGCUAGUUUGUGCUUCCGACUCGACAUACCUAAAGGCAACACUGGACAAGACUAUUAAGGCUAUCAAAGCUGCAGGGCUCCAGAUAGCAGAAGAGAAGAUCCAAUUCUCAGCACCAUGGAGGUACCUCGGAUUCCUCAUCACGGGAAGGACAGUGACGCCACAGACACUGACCAUCAACAAGGAUCCGAAGACUCUGCGAGACCUUCAGCAGCUGUGCGGAACGAUCACCUGGAUCCGCCCCCUCCUGGGACUGACGACUGAGGAGCUGUCACCUCUCUUCUGUCUGCUUCGAGGCGACGGAGACCUCGCCUCACCACGCGAGCUGACACCUGCCGCGCGGGAAGCCCUGCAACGGGUUGCUGUUGCUCUGAAGUCUCGCCAGGCACACCGCGUGGUCCGGACCCUUCCCGUGAACUUCGCGGUGUUGGGUAAGUGCCCCCACCUCCAUGGACUUCUCUUCCAGUGGGAUAACAGAGCAUCUGAUCCCCUGGUCAUCUUAGAGUGGCUCUUCCUACCACACCAGCCCUCUAGGACGAUCACGACCCCUGCAGAAUUGCUAGCCACUUUAAUAAUGAAGGCACGACACCGCCUCUGAACCCUCGCAGGGUGUGACCCUGAGUGCAUUUACUUACCUGUUAGAUUAGAUCAAUUGGACUCGUUGUUGCAAACUAAAGAAAAUUUGCUCAUUGCUCUGGACAGCUUCCCCGGACAAAUUUCGGUUCACUAUCCUAAGCAUAAAUUGUUUAAGGAUACAUUGCAUUUGGCCCCGAGAAUGUUUAAAAGCAAAACACCAAUUCCAGGUGCUCUCACGGUGUUCACCGAUGGGUCGGGCAGAUCCCACAAAUCGGUGAUCACUUGGAAGGACCCGGACAGUCAGAAGUGGGAGUCUGACGUCCAAGUGGUUGAGGGUUCCCCCCAGAUGGCGGAACUUGCCGCAGUCGUGAGAGCAUUCAAAAAAUUUCAACAGCCUCUGAAUGUGGUCACUGAUUCGGCCUAUGUCGCUGGGCUAGCAGAAAGGGCCGAAGGUGCCCUCCUCAAAGAAGUUUCAAACACAAAUUUAUACCGUUCACUCUCGGAUCUCAUUUGGCUACUUUCCCAUAGAGAGCAACCUUAUCAUAUCAUGCACGUAAGGGCACACACCGAUUUACCCGGAGAGAUCACUGAGGGUAAUCGGAAAGCGGACCUCCUAGCCAUGUCAACACAAAUAUCUGCAACCGCUUCAACCACCUUACCAGACAUACUCCGGCAAGCGCGGCUCAGCCGUGCAUUUUACCACCAGAAUGCCCCGGCUCUAGUGCGACAGUUUAAGAUCUCGAUAGCACAGGCAAGAACCAUUGUUUCUACCUGCCCGAGCUGCCAGUCUUUCGCUCUUCCUUCCCUCAUUUCGGGGACAAAUCCCCGAGGGUUGGGAGCGCUAGAGAUAUGGCAGACAGAUGUAACACACUUCGAGCCGUUUGGUCGGAUGAAAUACAUACAUGUCUCUAUUGACACGUUUUCCGGCGCAGCGUUUGCCUCCGUCCAUGCAGGCGAAAAAACCAGGGAUGCCAUGAAACAUCUUUUCAUGGCAUUCUCUACGUUGGGAGUCCCAUCUCACAUAAAAACUGAUAAUGGCCCAUGCUAUGCGUCAAAGCGCUUCGGUGAGUUUGCGCAACAGUGGGGAAUUUCCCAUACCACCGGAAUUCCCCACAAUCCUACAGGACAGGCGAUAAUAGAGAGGGCCCACAGAAAUCUAAAAAGGCUCCUUGAACAACAACAUAAGCCGGACAUUACAGUGAGCCCAGCCGAAAGGUUAUGUAAGGCCCUGUAUGUCCUGAAUUUUUAAACUGCUCAGAAAGGGAGCCUGACCCUCCUAUUAUCCGCCAUUUUCACAAUAACACCAGAGCGCAACUCGCCGAGAGGCCACCAGUCUUGAUAAAGGACCCAGAAUCCAAAGCUAUCCAGGGCCCUUUCCCUCUAAUAACCUGGGGGAGAGGGUAUGCCUGUGUUUCUACAGAUAAAGGACCAAGAUGGAUUCCGGGGAAAUAUGUCAAGCCCUUUGUAGAGGUGCCAGCUCAGCAAGACAACGUGUCCUUGGUGCAAAGCACCGAGAACACCUCAUCACUGGACGGAGUUUCCACUGCCUGGAAGAGGAGGAGAAGAAAGACCGUUCCUCCCAAUAUCGUCACAUGUGUCAUGAUUACCCGAAGAUAUUUUCCCCCGCUGAACUCUAUGUACCCAAUUACCCCACCGCCCCCUGUACCCUUUCCUUUCCCCUAACCUCCCCUUUCCCUCAAUCCUUACCCCUUUUCUCUAAUUUUAUUUAGUGCUUAUUUAGUAAAUAAAAACGGGGGAGGUUGGGGAGGGACCACUGAGGAAAAUUUAUCAUUCAAGUUAUGCUU